AAUAAUAAAAAGUUAACAAAAUAUAAAUUAUAUAAAGAAAAAAUGCCACCCAAGAGAGCAACCAACAAAAAAGCAGCAACAAAAGUAGCAGCAUCAUCUGCAGACGCUAAAGUAUCAAACAAUGGCGAAAAAGAGGUGGUUGAAGAAUUAGCAACUGAUGCAAAAAAUGGUUCUGCGCUCAAUGAUGCCGAGGAAUCUAAGGAAUCAACAAUAUCAAAGGCGCCAACAAAACGCAGCAGUGGACGUGGUAAAAAUGUUGCUUCCGAGUUGGAAACAGAAACUCCUGCUAGCAAGAAGCCGGCUGCUAAAGGUAGAGGUAAAAAGAAGACAAAUGAAAAUGAGGUUAUAGAGAAUGAUGCACCACAAGCCGAAAGCCAAGAAGCUGAAGAAACUACAACAACAAAAGAAAAUGAAGAAGUAGAAGCCGUAACGAAACCCAAGGGUAGAGGUGGUGGCGGCAAGAAGGCUGAGCCAAAAGCAAAAAAUACUUCUAAAGCUAAAGUUGCUGAAAGUGUACAGGACGAAGAGUCUAACGAAGCUGAAGAAGCUAAGGGAACAGUAAAGAAAUCCAGGACUGUGGCUAAAGCUAAAGUUGCUGAAAGUGUACAGGACGAGGAGUCUAACGAAGCUGAAGAAGCUAAGGGAACUGCAAAGAAAUCCAGGACUGUGGCUGGCAAGCGAAAGAAACAAGAGGCGGUAACAAAGGCAGAGGAAGAAGUGGAAGUAAAGCAAGAAAUUGAAGAAGAGUUGAUGGAAAAAGCUCCUAAAAAAUCCUCAAGAAAUUCUAAGAAAACAGAAGAAAUUCCCGCAGAUAUUGAGCCACAAAAGAAAAAAGGUAGAGCUGCCAAGAAAGAAAAGGUCGUGGAUAAAGAAGAGGUCAAAGAGGAGGUGGAAGAGGUAGAAGUUAAGGUCGACGUUAAGGAAAAGAAACCCACAAAACGAGGCCGAGGAGUCGCUAAAGCAGCAGUUGUGGCGGAAGAAACAGCAGCUGCUAAUGGUGAUGCUGAGGAGGUGCUACCUAAAAAACGUUCCCGCAAGGCACCAAGUGUUGAGAAAGAAAUUGUUCCAGAAAAACCUAAACGGGGAGGACGUGCUAAGAAAGCUGAAAAAUUAGCAGAAGAAAGUUCAUCAUCGCCUGUACAGGGAAAAGAAGAAGAUGAAAUUUCAAAUGGUGAAGUUAAACAGGAGAAUUUGGAAGAGAUUGAAGAAACCCCUAGCUCAACUAAAGAAGUAGCUGAAGAGACAGAGGAGCCAGCGGCACCAGCAAAAAAAACUAGAGGUGGUCGUAAACGUGCCGCACCGUCAACUAACAAGAAAAAAACAGCGAAAACGGCUGCAGAUGAUAAUAAUGAGUUGGACGAUGGUGUGGAUAAUGCUGAUAUGGAUGACGAAGCAGACGGUUCGAAACGUAAGUUAGAUAUGACGUGCGGCACGCAACUGAAAAAUCUCUUAUUUUCCUGUUUUACAGCUUCUAAGUCGAAAAAGAACAAAACUGGCACGGCUCCGCUAAAUGCCACCGCCACCAAAUACGAUAAAGCCGACUUUGAAUUGCCACCGCCAGCCGAUGGGCAAACGGUCGAAGAGCCCAGAUUUAAUUUGAAAAUAUCUAGCUGGAAUGUGGCCGGCCUGAGAUCGUGGCUUAAGAAGGAGGGUUUGAAAUAUUUAGAAUACGAAGAACCCGAUAUAUUUUGUAUGCAAGAGACUAAAUGCACCACGGAACAGUUGCCCGAAGAAGUCGUACGCAUACCCGGCUAUCAUCCCUAUUGGCUGUGCAUGCCGGGUGGCUAUGCCGGCGUGGCCAUCUAUUCGAAAAUUAUGCCCAUUAAUGUCGAGUAUGGCAUUGGCCAUAAGGAAUUCGAUGAUUGUGGUAGAAUUAUCACGGCUGAAUAUGAGAAAUUCUUUUUGAUCAAUGUCUAUGUACCCAAUUCGGGUAGGAAACUUGUAAAUUUGGAGGCGCGCAUGAAAUGGGAGAAACUUUUCCAGGAGUUUAUUAAAAAUCUAGAUGCCCGCAAGCCGGUGGUCAUAUGUGGUGAUAUGAAUGUAUCACAUCAAGAGCAUGAUUUGGCAAAUCCCAAAACAAAUACCCGUAAUGCUGGCUUCACCAAGGAGGAAAGAGAUAAAAUGUCUGAACUGCUGGCUCUUGGUUAUGUAGACACCUUCAGACACUUGUAUCCGGAACGCAAGGGGGCUUAUACCUUUUGGACUUACAUGGGUAAUGCCCGGUCACGAAAUGUGGGCUGGCGUCUGGAUUAUUUCAUUGUCUCGGAACGUUUUAUCAAGCGUGUCGUUGAUAAUUGUAUACGUAGCCAAUGUCUGGGUAGUGAUCAUUGUCCUAUUACUUUAUUUUUGAAAUUGUAAUUUAAUAAAGAAAUCGUAUAAAUGUCUUAAUGUUUAGAGUUAAAACUUUAAAAUGCUAGAAAUUACACAUCUUUUUUUAUUUAAGAAAAAAACAUGUCGUUUAAUUUAUACUACAAAUAACAUGUGUUAAGGAUUUCGUUUCCUAACACCACAAUUAUAGAAAUAAGCGAGUCUUUAUUACUUUUUCGUUUUAAAAAUUUUGAACUUGUCUUUAUAAAUUCAUUACAAGUAUUAAGUUUUUAUUCUAUUUUAAAUCUCUCGUAUACGUUAUUGGUCCUUAUUAUUUUCAAAUUUAAUAAGUUGUUUAUGUUUAUCUCUACCUCUAUUUUUUUGGUUCAUUUUAAAUAUAUUGUUUUUAUUUUUAUUUUUUAUUUUUGUUUAUCGUCAUGGUAUUUCUGUGUACUAGAUGCUAAGUGUUUUCUACUAAAUGAAAAAAAAACUAUCAUUCGUUUUAGUAUUUUUAAUUUUAAAUAUGUAUAUUAGUAUUAAAGAAAAACAAGUAGUAUUUUAUCAGUAAAAUAAAAAAGAGAGUAAAUUAAAUAAAAUAA